CACUAACCCUCCUAUUGACUAGUCAGCUUCUACUUACUACGAGUUUAAUUAUAACUUAGUGAAUUAAGUGAUAGUGCUGUGACCUUCUCGACGAUUUUUAAGGAAUUUAUUUUGACACAAAAAUGGCACGCGUGUGUGUAAUUGGCGCCGGCGCUGCAGGUCUAUGCGCAGCUCGUCAUCUCCUGGUACAGGAGACCGUCAGCGAAGUCGAUGUCCUGGAGCAAGCGGCCCAGCUGGGUGGAACCUGGGUGUAUACUGAGAAGGUCGGAUAUGAUGACUUCGGCCUGCCUAUACACACCAGCAUGUAUAAAAGCUUAAGGACGAACCUGCCAAAAGAAGUGAUGGGAUUCCCAGACUUCCCAGUUCCCGAGAGCGAAAAGUCAUACCUCCCGGCUAAGGAGAUGUUGGCGUUCCUGCAACUGUACUCCGACAAACAUGGCGUCACCUCGCAUAUUAAGUUCAAUCAGCACGUGCAGUUUGUGAAACCUAAAGCGGGUCCUACUGGAGAACUCUGGGACGUAUCCUACAAAGAUUUGAGGACUGGGGUCUCAGAAACCAAGGAGUACGAUUAUAUAUUCGUGUGCAACGGCCAUUACAAUACGCCGUUCAUACCCAGUAUACCUGGGUUAAAAGAGUUUGAAGGCGACGUCAUGCACAGCCACGACUACAGAGUCCCCGAGAUCUUCGCCGACAAACGCGUUCUCGUCAUCGGAGCCGGUCCUUCUGGUAUGGACAUCGCGUUGGAGAUCACCGCCGUCACUGAAAAGGUAUUUCUCAGUCAUCACUUGAAAGAGCAACCGAAGACGGUGUUCCCGGAGAACUUGAUGCAGAAACCAGACGUGAUGAAGCUGGACGGACAUAGGGCAUUCUUCCAAGACGGCAGCGUUGAAGAUGUGGAUGUAGUCUUUCUGUGUACUGGAUAUCUCUACAACUUCCCGUUCCUCCACGAAUCCUGCGGCAUCGUGGUGGAAGACAACUGCGUGGAGCCUCUUUACAAACACCUCGUCAAUAUCUACCAUCCCACGAUGUGUUUCAUCGGAGUGCCGUAUUACGUCUGUGCUUUCUCCAUGUUCGACUUACAGGUGCGCUACUACGUUCGUUCAAUGAACGGUUGCUUCAAUCUUCCGACGUCAGAACAAAUGGCGGAACAUUGGGAAGAGGAGAAGAAGGAACGAGCCUCAAGGGGGUACACGAAAAGGCAAGCGCACAUGAUGGGACCCGAUCAGGAACGAUACUACGCCUCGUUGGCCUUAGAGGCAGGUACGCAAGGUCUUCCUUCAGUGCUCACAAAAAUCCGGGAAGAGAGUUCAAAUCGAUUCCUCCACAACCUCAAGGAUUAUCGGCAGGACAUCUAUAAAAUCAUUGAUGAUGACACCUAUGAGGUUAUUAGUAAUGGGAAACGUGAAGUUCUUUGUUGACCCUACAAGGGAAAACAAGGUUUAGUGUGUAAGGUAGAUUAAGGUAGUUGUAAUUAUGUUAGAUAAUUUAAUGUUGUAAUAUGUGUCACGAUUUCCUCAUUAAUUCUCGAUUUUGGUAGCAAAAAUUGUAUAUGAUUGUGUAUGUUUAGUAAUAUCGCAAAAUUAAUGUUUCUUUACACAAUAAAUUUAUAUAUAUAAUUUUUUUAAUCAAGUUAAUUACUGUAAGACAUAAUAUACUACUAAUGAAUUCUGUUGAUAAAAAAAUUAAAUUCACUAGCAGAAAUCACAAUGUAUUAGGUAUCUAUAUUUUUUUAAUGUGACAUUUAAG